GUAGGGCUGUGCCAAAGUGUCGAUGAUUCGUCAUACCACUCAGUGUAUUAUUUCCAAGUUCCUCACGGGCAGUGUGUGAAGAGAAAGGUUCAUCAUGCGAUGAAACAUAAAUCCGUGCUGCCUUGGAAUGGUUUAACGAGUUCAAAGCAUAAAUCGACGGCGCCCUAGCAUUGUCACUGUGGCGUUAAUGUGUGUAUUGGUGUGGUGCGGUUGCGUUUUCGUGUUCGUGCGUGAAUCCCCGAGAAAAUAUUUCCAGCACUCCGCCGAGAUAAGCACCGUUGUGAGACAGUUUUUCUUGCUGGGGUGAAUGGGUGCUGCUUCUUCCGGAGCAGCAUUUUUAGUGUGGUGCGUUUGGGAGCGAUCUUUUCCCCCUUUUCCAAUUGGAUUUGGCGUGUGAUAUUAAACAAAAAAGAGAAAAGUUAAUCCGUGGAACAGGGCACUAGUUGUGAAGGUGCCAUUCGGAGUGAUUCUAUUGUGUUUGCUACGGGUUACACUUAUAGCGAAUUGUACUGGAAAUAUACUACCAGCUACACAUUGCCGUCGUAGGGUUUACAUCACCGUCCCUUCUGGUUCUUCUCGUCUGUCGAAGUACUGCGUAAACGGACAAGAUGAUUAAAAACAUUUUUGGUAGCAGACGGGCGAAGGAUUCCGAGCGGAACAAAAUUUCCGAAAUCGGUCUCCCGACGAACGUUGUGCACGGGAUGCACGUUAGCAAAAACCAGCAAACGGGUCACCUGGAGGGUUUGCCAAAAUCAUGGAUCCGCAUGAUGGAUGCGCUGAUCACGCACGACGAACAGAGCAAAAACCCGGAGGCGGCCUAUCAGGCGGUGAAGUUUUACAGCUACUCGAUCAAAAAGAAGGAAGCGACGGAACCCUUCAAACCGUUCAUCACGGAAGAUGCUAUCCACGAGGAGACGGAAUCGAUCGAACAGUUUCUCGAUCAGAAAAGUACGCACAAAAGCGAAGACUCGCUGGCGGGGAGCAGCGAAGAGAACGAAAGUGUCCCACAGAUACCUCCGCCUCCGCUGCCCAAAAAAAGCAUGACCCUGCCGCCGAAGCCACUGCUGAAACCAAAGCCCAAGAAUUACACCAGCAAGGUGUACAAAGGCAUGGACAAUCUGCAUCUGAUCGAUUCGGGUAGCAACAGCGACACGAUGAUCAUCCACAACGUUCCCCAUCUGAACACGCACCAAAGUUCCUAUGCGAUCUGCACAAACGCCAACAAUAACAACAGCCUUGACCAGGAGCCCGAACCAGCCGAUAGUGAUUUAAUACUGCGACCGAAGGAAAAGCUGACCCGCCAGCCCAAGAGCGACGAGCAGGUCUACUUCGAGCUGAAGAAGAUCUGUAACCUAAACGAUCCGCUACAGCGGUACGAGAAGACGGUCGAGGUGGGCAAGGGUGCAUCGGGGGUGGUGUUUAUCGCGCUCGAUCGUAACACUGGCUCGAAGGUGGCCAUCAAAACGAUCGACAUGAAGAACCAAUCGUCGAAGGAAUCGAUACUAAACGAGAUAAACGUGCUGAAAGACUUUAACCAUAAGAAUUUGGUUAACUUUCUGGAGGCUUACUACCUGGAGGACGUAGACCAGCUGUGGGUAAUUCUCGAGUACAUGGACGGUGGUCCACUGACCGACGUCGUUACCGAAACGGUUAUGAAGGACCGUCAGAUUGCGGCCGUCUGUCGAGAGGUACUGCUGGCCAUCGAUUUCCUGCACGCGAAAGGCAUCAUCCAUCGUGACAUCAAGUCCGACAACGUGCUGCUCGGUAUGGACGGUUCGGUAAAGGUGACCGACUUUGGUUUCUGCGCCAACAUCGAGGGUGACGAGAAGCGGCAAACAAUGGUCGGCACACCGUACUGGAUGGCGCCGGAGGUGGUGACGCGCAAACAGUACGGCAAGAAGGUGGACAUCUGGUCACUGGGCAUUAUGGCGAUCGAGAUGAUUGAGGGCCAACCGCCGUACCUCAAUCAGGCACCGCUGCGUGCGCUCUAUCUGAUUGCGGCCAACGGUCGACCGGACAUCAAAAGCUGGGACAAGCUGUCGGACAAUCUGAAGGACUUUCUCGACCGCUGCCUGCAGGUGGAGGUCGACAUGCGUGCAUCGGCUGACGAGCUGCUGCGGCAUCCCUUCCUGCAGGACUGCAUGGAGCUGCGGACGCUGACGCCACUGAUAAAGGCCGCCCGGAGGUUGCUGAAGCGGGACAACUGAGCGACGGCAUUUCCGAACGAAUGCUGAAGAAAAUGGUACGUCACUUCUUACAGGUAACGGUAUCGUGUGUGAUUAGAAUGGACCGAUCGAACGAAAACAAAAGUCAGAUGUAGAACCGUGAGUAGAGGAACAUUUUUGCCGUAUGUGGCUGUGAGAUUUAGUGCCUUUUUACACCGAUCGACGGGAAAGGAAUCCGAUGAUACGGAAAAAACGGAACGUAGAGCCAAAAGCAAACGCAGCAGGGCCCAUUUGGUGCAAAAUUUGGUUUUGAUAAAAGUAUACCGUAGACAGCGGAAGGAUGGACGUAAAAAAUAACCCCACGGUGUGUUGCGUUGCGCCACAGUGCGGCCCAGCAAAUCACACCCCAUAGUCAUCGAGCUUAAAGAUAAGGAAAAAGUAGAGCUUACAUUAGAUUCGCUGAACGAAAGAUCGAAGGGAACAUCGAUAGCGGCAGCGUGUCAGAGGUUCGGUGCUGGUACAGCAGUAAGUUGAUAAGGAUUGGUGUCCAUCGUUUGUCCCGCAUGUGGCGGACGGACAAUUGUGCCUGGCUUCGAUUCGAUGUUGGCUCGAUGUAGAACGGAACAAUCAAUCAUAACGCGCGUGACCCUUUUUGUUGCCACACGAUCUGCAUUUGCAGUGGGGCAUUGAAACAGUAUUGAAGCUCGUACACGCCUAAGUUGGUCGGAAUCCGUAGGAAACAUAUGGAUCCCCCAUACAUUCCUCCAAGAAGCGAAGAAAGCAAAUGUUUUGCUUUUUUUGGAUUGGAAUUUGGUAUUAGUAAACGUAAUAACAGCAAUCCAAGACAAUAUGCUUGCGCUGCAUGCGUACGAUCAUUGAUCGCGUCACUGCCACUUGAUAGUUCUGUUAGGAGAAAAUAUGUGCUACACUACAAUUGGUUUGGUAUUUACAUUUUGUGUGAACUGAAAUGUCGCCAGUAAUGGAUAGGUUUUUGUUACGCUGUUGUAUGUUGGGUUGGAUCUGUGCCGUCAUUUCAAUAUGAGGGUAAAUAGUAACAUUCCAUUGCCAAAAAGAAUGAGUAACGGAAGAAACGCACCAUCGGCAGAGGCAGGGAACCAUCGCCGCCAUCCCCGCGUCUGGAAGAGUGUUGGUGUGUGAAGAAGUCCGAGAACGAUAAUAAUGUCGCUUGUGAUUAGCCGGAACCAUCGCCGCCACGAGGCAGGAAAAUGAAAUAAAGCGCGUCUCGCGUCUGCUGUAGGAAUACGAAACAAACGAGCAUCCCUGUCUCAUUCUGUCCAGUGCGAGUGACAUUGCCAGACCCUAGCGAUGGUGGUGUACUCGACGACCUCGAUGAUGACGAUGGCAAGAGGACAAGCUCACUAGUGUCUGCCGAUGGUUUCGAUGUCGUCCUCCUUCGCGACCGUACCCGCUUACUGCCGUUCAACUCAAUGAGCCAGUGCGGAACAAACCUUCAAGUUUACUUCUGAUACACUCGAUGGUGCUGGUGAGAUGGAGUUGAUGGUUGCCGUACCAUCAUCCAUCACUUCUUGUCGCGAAGGAGAACGAAAUGGUCGGGAGCGGUGGUGUCGUGGAUCGUGCACAGAAAGUGCAUUUGUUCAGUUAUUGUGCGCUGCAACACCGUAGACGAAGUAAGAGACAGAGAGUGUGUAUGUGUUUGCACUAAGCUCGGGUAGUGUGGCUGGAAUUAUUCUAUUAAAAUUUACAUCUCAUUGAAGAAAAUCACGUUGGUGGCGGGUUCAUUCCGCCGGGCAUUACCGGUGCCGUUGUGGUUUUGUGACGUAUGUUUUGUUCGCGAUCGUACACUCGCGGGCGCCGCGGUACGACACUCUUGCCAAUUUUCAUUAGCACGGUGGUGCGAUUUUACAGCCACGAAAGAAGUAAGAUUGUUUUUCUUUCCUUUAAGGUCGAACCAUCCAUACCGAGCAAACAAAACAAAUGCCUAAACCCCGUUCGGAUCCGGACUGGUGGUGGCUUUGGAGGAAUGGGAAAGAGUGCAAGAGAUCGCUACUGCGUAGGGCCGUGUCUUAGACGAUCGUAUCUUGCAGACGACUGGUAAACGACACAUCAUGUCGCCAGCUGGAGUGAAAUUCUUCCAAAUGCGAAGAGCAAUAUAACCACGACGAGCAUAUGCACUGCGGCUCUAGUGCGCUUUAAAACCCGCGGUCUGAAGGCGCAAGGGACACAAAACGAACACAUGAAAACAGGGAAUUUUGAUGUGCGUUUUAUGUGUGUUAUAAAAAUAAUUUGCCAUCACAAAUGUUGGCUCCACUGAAAGGUUCUUUUACGGGUUCCUUCCUUGCAACCACUUCCUGCAAAGGGAAAGACUGACGAUUGAAGAUGGAAGCAUUCUGUUUGCAGCUAAUGGCACUGCUUACAAGCAUUUAAGCUUUUGUUUUUUUUUACAUCUUCUCUUAACUUCUAAAACGCGUAGAAGCACAUUUUGUGGGCAAUUAGGAUGAUUAUUCCAUCACACCAAAAUCACUACAAACCGAACCGGGAAUCAUAAAACCCCCUUGUGGUAAAGAAAGUGAGAGUGGUUCACGUACCUUGGCAAGAUGGAAAGAGAGGCGGUGGUUAAAAGCCGAUGAGUCAGCGUCAGUUUUUCACCAAAAAUACCGGCAUUAAACCUUCAACACUCGCCCAGACAUAGCAACGCUACCUCGUGUCCGAGUGUCACGGGAGAAGGUGAGGACAGUAACGUGUUAGUUGCGGAUGAUUCAUCCGUCGAAAGUCCACCCUUUACGACGGGAGCGAAUACACAUGGUCGUGCUGCCCAAAGGCGCGUCUCAAGCAUCAAAUGGAUUAAAUCCAUAAGACUAUUGUGGCUAGAGUUUGUCAUCCGGUCGCAGUUAGAUUGCAGAUGGAGUUGCCCACAAUCACGGGCCGAGUAGGAAGGUGGGAAAUUUGAUGUUACUUUGUUGGGGGGAUUGUGUUCCCAUCUUAACACCCGGUUGUGGCGGGGUUUUUUCUAGAUAUUGUACAGGGAUGUAAAUAAAACACUUCCGUAGCGUACGCUGCUUGCGUUCCAUAUUUGAACGUUGGUGUGGACCGGAUUCAUGCGCCAACACAUGGCAUGUGAGUACAUCCGUCCUGGGGUAAAAUGUAGGUUGGAGUACUGAGAAGGAGGAAAAAAAAACAAUACAAUAAAAUAUCUCGAUUUUCUGUGAUCUCAGAUUUGCGCCUUGCAAGUGUCGGUGGAAUAAUCUGCUUCUGUUUCUGACUGUUGUAUCCACUAGAAUUAAACAAUUACCUUAGCGGUUUGAUGACACGGUAAAGAACGAUUCGCUUUACCGUACCUUCCUAAUGUAAUUCGUGCCAUGUUGAUUAUACGGUGCGCUUAGCAAACGGUGCUUUAAUGUUUCACGCUCCACGGCAACAAUAAUCGCGUAUGGUGCACUGACUCUGACACCUACAGGUCGCGCUCACAGCAUACGCCUCGAUGUCUAUCGAAACGGUUACGGCACCACGGCCCUGAUGAUGGCACCCGGCAUCGAACUCGGAAGCAGAGAGAAUCGUACAUGUAGUGUCUUGGUGAUGAGGUAAAUUAAUUUGACCUUAUGCUGCUCUGCACCACGACCAUCUCCGGUAAUGCUUUGGGAACCCGGACCGGGUAGAACUCCGCUCGUCCAAUCACCGUUGUAAGCGAGUGCUCCUAGUUUUGCUACAUGAAAGUAACUGAGCACUGUCCAAGGAAGUAUGUGAGGAAAUGAGCCGCUCGCACCGUCCGAAUAGAAUCAAUUCAGAUUUCCGGCUGAAGGCUUUCGAAAUGAUCACCCUCGCGAAUUACGAGUUACAUUCUUCUCCUGUGUCGGUGGCACGAUCUUGAUGAUUCUGUAAAAUGAUUAGAUAAAAACUGAGGGAGAUAAGUUAAAUUUGAAGCUAGCAUUGUGAAGGACGCAUCGGGUUCAAGGAGGUGGUCAUCGAUAAAUUCAACCUUCGCUCUAGAUGGCUAGAUGUGGCAGUUACCAUCAUCACUAUCGUGGACUAUUGAGCAGAAAAAGUUCCAUAAUGCCCUGUUUGGUCUAUUUUGUGAACGUCACUGGCUCGGUUGUCGAUUUGCAAUGCUGUUUAUCAGCUGUUAUCAGAUAACAAAUUGAAGCACAAAAAAGUAACUGGUAAAACUGUUCCGUUGCACCAUUCUCAACAUACCGGACUGCUUUCCUGCUGGGAGUCGAAAGGUGCUAAUAAUGAUGAACUCCACUGCCUUCGGAAAAGUGGCGACAUGCCUGUAACCUAACUCGUCUACAACCAAAGCUACACACACACGCGUUGUUGAAUACUUCCGGUUAUUUCUUAUCAGCUAGCGGACAUGAAUUCACACUACAUGUGAAACGAUCUUGAUGUGCUGUAUUAAUCUGUUGGUGCAUUUGGUGCAUCUUGUUUCAUACUCGCUCCAUCUGCAGUUAAGUUGUGGAAUGGAAAGCGUUUAAUUGUGUUGUUAAAAGCAUACAGAAAAACAAAUAACAGACAACACCACGAUUCGAAGGUUUAUCAUUCGGCAAUGGCAAACACACUGAAGUACGGUUUCGAACACAUUCCCCCGCCCUAUCCAGUAUCUAGCUUGUUUGCCUUGAACACAGUAUUUGGAGGUAACGCGUCGAUCGCGUCGAGGUGUCCCGAUCGAACAACAAUAGUGCUCCGCGUGUAGCCUUAAAUGAGGAAGCAGAAAACUCCAACGCCCUUACCGCAGCAGUAACAUGUUGCACAUGUUUCGCAUAAGAAAAAACUCCCGCAUCGGAGGGCCGCAUUAAAAAACCCCAACACAUAUUGAACGGUAACGUCUUCCGCGGGCAAAGUGCCACUUACAUCAGCGCCAACGUUACGUGCCCGUGGCGGUAGUACCAGAAGAACCGCCAGCUGAUAGUCGUUAAAAAGAACGCGUGCAGUGUGCGCGCGCGGGGGUAAUCGCAGGCACAAAAAUUGCUCUCCGCACAAGAAUGUCUGGUUGUACGCAGCAGCGAAUUAUGUUUGUUUAAUGUAAUAGAAAUAGGUCCAUCCGUCGCACAUUAUCUGUACUGGAUACUGUGUUUGAAGCGGUACAUCUGCAUCGUCCAUGUACAGUGAAACCAUCCCCGGGCCAUAUUUUGGGUUUUUUUUUUUGGCGAUCAGAGUACCGUCCAGCUGAUUACGAUCGAUCCCCUGCAAACCAGUCAGCAGUUGUCCAUUGUGCACGGUCAGCAAUAAGCCAGCCAGUGGAACAGGAACUAAACAGAUUUUUUGUUCUGUUUGCUAGCUAUAGAUGUCUGACUACUGUGUGUAUAUAGAACGAAAUUGGUAUUGGCUUCUCCCUGUAAGCGAAACAUGUUCGCUAAGGUGUGCAAAUGUGUAGCGCACGUUUUAGCUGAUGCCAAUAGGUGUAAAUAGGUAGAGCAUUACAGCACCCAAACCAUCACAAUCAAUCUACCGAUAAGAGAUAUAGGCACUUAUGGAGGAGGAAGCUUGCUUUUUAUGCGUAACUGUAGAACAAACAUUCUGACCAUGUGGUAGUAAUCGCUUUUGAUCGCUUAGUUUAUAAAGGAGGUAUGUAUUUUUAUACGUAUUACACGGUUAAGAAUUAUGUGUAGUCCAAGCAAUGGGAAACUGAAAGGAAAACUCUCUGACGUACGAAGCUUUUCUAGUGCCACAUACUGCAUUGUAAAUCGCGUAUGUGUGUGGGUGUACACGUGCGACUGCAAAAUCCGGCAUUUAGUGAAAACGUGUAUUGGAGAUCGUAACGUAAAAAAAAUCAAAGUUUUUGAAUAUUUUUAUUACAAUAUACACAGCGUAAUAGUAACGAUUACAUGAUAAUAGGAUAUUAUUAGC